AUGUUAAUAGCAAUGCCUCCAAGUCCAACACUUAGCACCUUUGGUGCAGUAUCAAUGGCAAAGGAGAUUUAUCUCGACGGGCCUGCGAUACCCUUUACCGUAGGGCACGGUAGUGAGGGGCAUCGAUCAUUCCAUGUGCCCCUCAGCGUCCUCGCCGAGUACUCCCUCUUCUUUCACGACCUCCACCGCCAUUGCGACUACAUCGAGGCCGAAGCCUUGAAGUUCGAUCUCUUCGACAUCGAUCCCAGAACGUUCAAUCGCUUCACCAUCUGGCUGUAUUACCAGACAAUAUACGUUGAUGAAGGGGUAGCUCAGCCGUUGGACUAUUAUGAGCAGUUUGAGCAGCUGUGGACGCUGGCCGACAAAUAUCGGAUCCCGCAGCUGCAGAGACAAGCGGAGGAUUCCGCCAUUGUAUUGAUGAGAGCAUUGACUGAGCAAUAUAAUUUUGAUGUCUUGGGUUACUGGCACUAUAUUUACCAUAAUAGUUAUGUCGGUAGUCCACAGCGUCGUUUUAUCGCUGGGCAGUGCGCAUAUCUGAUCCUCAGUGGCCAGGAGAAGUUCAAUCCAGAAACAGUACACCCGGCUUUGAGAGGAGAUAUCGUAGCUUUUAUCCACAACCUGUAUCCUCAACUCUAUUAG